AUGUGGAAGCGUGUACAGUAUGCAGCCUUAUUUAAAAGUCCAUCACGUGCAAUUUUUGAUCAACAACAUAGUGAAUUUAGCACAGGUCCACCACCCCCAUUUCGUACACAACAAAAUACUCAAUUUUCACAAGGUCCACCACAUUCAUUUCCUGCACAAGAAGAAGGUCAAAUCGAGCGUCAAAUAGUGGUACUACGUAAAAGAAUUAGAUUAGCAAUUAAAACUAUGGUCGCUAUUAGUGACGAGGGUGCGGAUGUGGGUAUGAAUACUGUAUUCACCUAA